GGCGGAGGUUAAUUGUAUACAAUACAAAAGUGCGAAUUCUUUGUUGCGAUAGUUAGAAACGAACUUAUCGCAAGUAUAGCGUAGUUUAAGUACAACCAUUAUCCGAUUACAAUGACAAUUAAUGUUGAAUAAGUAAUGUGUUUUAUUAAGUUUCUGUAGAUUGUAGUUUUCCUUUGCAUAAUAAGAUACUAUUUGCAAAUGAGCUAGUAAUAGAGAAACUUAGUAUCCCUCUAAUGAUUAUGGUAUAUGUGUUACACAUUUUAAGGGCAAAGAUAUGUCCAGAAAAUUAGCACAGUGCAACAAUUUAAAGCAGUUUUUCACCUGCCAACUUCAUGCAAGCAAAUGCAAGUAUGCAUCGGGAGGUUAAUAACUUAAGCAUACUAAAAGAUGAAAGUGAAGAAAAUAAUCUUUUGAUAAUGCAACCGCCUACUAUAAUUCCUAAAUUGAAAACUCAGUCUCUAAACAAUAUAGGAAUUAGGAAACUGAUUCCUGUAACCCAGAUGCAAUUUAAUAAAGCUUUAUCAAAAUUCAACUCUAAUAAAGUACUAAAUUCAAAAUCCAACAGAGCAGUACCAAGUAUUAAGGAUAUGAGUACAAAUACAUUAAAAAAAGUUUCAAAUGUCAAAGUCACAACAAAAGUACCAAUUUUAAAAAUAACUAUAAACAAGCAAUAUAAUAAACCUCCUGUGUCAAAUUUGAAUGAAAGUAAAAAUGUGUUGAAUGUUAUCAAGAAUAUCAAUCAUAGUAAAACGAAUGUAACGAAUAACAAUGCAAAAACUGAUCAAAAAGUUUAUGUACCAAACAUUGUUAUUUCUCCAAAACCAGUUAUAUUCAAGUUAAUACCUAUUGUAGUAGAGAAACCCAUUAAGUGUGAGAGCACUGUAGUGGAAACAAAAAAUACAUGUACAUCAAAAAUUACAUAUACUAGGAAAGGAGAGUUAACAAGAGAUUAUACGCGGAUUCAAACAUCAACAGAAAGAAUACGAUAUCUAUAUACAAAAGCACAACGAGACUGUGAUGUAUUAAGAAUACGCUUGAAAGCAUUAAGGGAGAGGCAUAAACAAGAGGAAGAAGAAAUAAAAAAGUUACAAACACAUUUAGAUAAUCAUUAUAGAAACGCAGAGGAAAAAUCUUGUGUCGAAAUAUCUAUGAGACAUUUCAAAAGAAAAAGAUCGUAUAUGUCGUUAGAAAAUCCAGAGGAGAAAGACGAAUAUGAAAAGUUGCUUAGAGAAGUUAGAAAAAUUAAACAAGAUAUACUAAAUCCAAAAUAUCCUGUCACAGCAUCAAAUAUCGAAUUAGAACAAACAAAUAUAUUUAAUCAUAAUGAGAGUAAAAUAAGGAAAGAAUAUAAAAGACUGAUAAUAAACAAUAUGUCAGAAGCAAAUGUUAUGAAAAGUAGACAGAUAAGUACUAAAAUUUACAACAAUGAUUUUAAAAAACCACAUUUUACAGUUAAAUCUAGUGAUAUUGUAAUACCAAAAGCUGAACAAAAUUUGGAGCUAGUGUUUAUGGAAUCAUGAUAUUUCGAAUGACACAAAUGAAAAAUUAGUUAUUUAAAAUUCUUUGUGCAGUAGCGCCCACUUAAGUGACCACGCUCGGGACCGGCCGCGGUCGCUUAUGUGGGCAUGGUUACUUCUCGGAAUUCAACGGAGAUAAGGAAAGAGGUUAAGUGCGAGUGAGAUACAAUAGCUGGCGCUCGAUACAAUGUAUCGAUAACGACCAACUCGAUAUGUUCGAAGCCGCGAUCACUUGUGUGGGCACUACUGUACAUCUAUUUUGUAUUCUGUAAUAAUGUUUAGUGGUCUUAACCAAGAC